AUGGAUCGCCAAGUAAUAGGAAGGAGCCGGGGAAGACCCACUAGACAACACCCGGAAGCGGGUGGUGAUAGGGAACCCGAGGUCGAUCAAGACCAAGGGCAGGAAGGUGUGGCCGGAGACCGGGUGGCCACCGCAAUCGACCGUAUUACUGAAGUUCUCGAGCGAUUGACUGAUCGCCAAACCACUGAACCAGUGCAUCAACCAGGAGGCCCAGUUGACUCCGAUGAUCGGGCACUGGAAAGAUUUCUGAAAUUUGGACCUCCCAAAUUUUAUGGAGGACCCGAGCCGGAAGUGGCCGAAGGCUGGUGGGAGAGAAUCACUGAGAUUUUCGCUGCCUUGAACUAUACCGAGGAGCGAAAAGUGACUUUUGCUACCUUCCAGUUUGAGGGAGCUGCCCGCUCCUGGUGGAAUCUAGAGAAGAGAGAGGAUGAUUUUAUUAGAUGCAAACAAGGGGCGAUAAGUGUCGCCGAGUAUGAAGUCCAGUUCACAAAGCUGUCACGCUUUGCACCUGAGUUGAUAGCCACCGAGCAAAGGCGUGUUCGGAGGUUUGUGCAGGGUUUGAAUGUGGAAUUACAGGAAAGCUUAGCCGCUAUAAGAAUAGAUACCUUCGCUGAGGCUGUUGAAAGAGCGCAGCGAGUUGAAGUAGCCAGAGCUCAAGUGAAGUCUUUUCAGUCCAAGAAAAGAUUUGCUCCUAGCAGUAGUCGGGAGCCGACUUUUGGAAAUGCUCCCCCGGCCAAAGUGGGCCGAGGAACUAGUGGAGUGAAUAGUUCUGGAGCACCCCGAGGCGCCCAAGCAAGAGGAAACGGGGCCAGGAAUGCAAGAGGACGAAAUAUUGGAGCUAGAGGGGGGCCAAUUGGAAUAGGACAACCUAGGAAUCGGCCGCAAGGGGGUAGAGCAAUAGUUCCUCAAGUGACAUGUGCUUAUUGCAAGAAACCUGGUCAUUCUAUGGAUAGUUGCUGGAAGAGGCAAGGAAGGUGCUUGAGAUGUGGAAGUAGUGAGCACCAAAUCUCAGGAUGUCCAAAGGUGCAGGAAGGGACUCCUCAGAAAGCUAGACCAAACACUUCUGGAGGGAGCAGGCCAACAGUUCCUGCCAGAGUGUACGCUAUAGAUGAUCAACCCGUACCUGAUUCCUCGGAAGUUGUGGAAGGUACACUUCCAAUUUUUCAUAGAUUAGCUAAAGUGUUAAUUGACCCUGGUGCAACGCAUUCAUUUGUAAAUCCAUCUUUUAUGUCUGGAAUAGAUGUGCAACCCGUUAGAUUACCCUAUGAUCUUGAAGUUAGGACACCAAUGGGUAAUAAGAAGGUAACCACUAACUUGACCUAUAGGAAUUGCGAAUUCUGGAUUGGAGAGCGAAAAAUGUUAGUGGACCUGAUCAGUUUGGAUAUAAAAGGUUACGAUGUUAUCAUAGGAAUGGAUUUCCUAGGUCACCAUCAUGCUAAGCUUGACUGCCGAGAAAAAAUAGUGGAGUUUUGUAUACCUGGAGAAGCAACCCUGAGGUUAGAUGUUAAAGGUAGGUUAGCAUCUUCUGCUAUGGUCUCGGGAAUACGAGCAAGGAAAAUGUUAUCUAAAGGAGCUCAAGGUUUUCUAGCCUUCUUGAUUAAUACUCCCCGUGAUCAAGUAAAAUUAGAGGAUGUACCCGUAGUACGGGAUUUUCCGGACGUCUUUCCUGAAGAAUUAAUGACUUUACCACCAGAGAGAGAGGUAGAGUUUAAGAUCGACUUGGUGCCUGGAACGGCUCCAAUUUCUAAGACUCCGUACCGAAUGGCUCCUGCCGAGCUUAAAGAGUUGAAAAUCCAAUUACAAGACCUGUUGGAGAAAGGUUUCGUGAAGGAAAGUGACUCACCGUGGGGAGCACCCUUUGUUCGACCAACUGCAAGGAUCAGUGGUCUUCUCUAA